CUGUAGAGUAGUGCUCUCCUGGGCCCCACCCCACCAAGAGAAUGUAGGAUCCCGUCGCCUUCACCCCCCUCGGCGUUGCCACCCCUCUCCUCCCUCCUCCUCUGUCGCCCACUAACUGCUCGCUAACCAACCCCCCCCCCCCCCCCCCGGCAAAGAAAACCCUAACUCCAGCCCUCAACCUCGACACAAGAUGCGUUGACUUUUCACCAAAGCCUAGAUGGCGGCGGCGUUGUGGGAUGAGGUGGCGGAGUACACGAAGUCAGCGCAGGACAAGGGUUUGGAUCGGCCGUGGGCGAUGAACCUCUCGUCGGCGAUGGCGGCGGCGGCGGUGCCUCUGCCGUCGCCGGAGCUCUCCGAGGUUUGGUCUCCCAUCUCUUGGAGCAACUGCCACGUGCCUCUCGCGUGGAAGUUUGUGGAUCAGGCCCUCUCCGCUAGGCUCGCUUCGCCUAUCCUCGUUCUCGCGAUCCUCUCUUCUAGGGUGAUUCCAAGUCGACGUCGGAAACCCGUGGCAUAUAGGCUUUAUAUGGAGCUUCUACGACGUCAUGCAUUUUCUUUUGCAUUUCAAAUCAAAGCACCGAGUUUUAAAAAGAUCAUGGUUUCUGUAGAUAAUGUUCUUCAACUCUCCCAAGCAUUUGGUAUUCAAGCGUGUGAACCAGGCAUCCUAGUGAUAGAAUUUGUCUUCUGUAUUCUGUGGCAGUUACUUGAUGCUAUAUUAGAUGAUGAAGGGUUGCAGGAAUUGACCCCAGAAAAGAAGUCCAAAUGGGAAACUAUAACACAAGAUAUGGAAGUUGAUGGAAUUGACAACUUUGAUCAGAAAAGUGUGGAACAUAAUGAGAGGCUACAGAAAAUAAAUUGUGUGAUGGCCAUUGAACUUAUCGCACAAUUUUUGCAACAUAAACAAAUUGCAGGACUUAUUUGCCUGGCUCGCGAUAACAUGCCCUCGCAGUGGAGACUUUUCAGUCAGUGUUUGUACUUGCUUGUGGAAAACUCAUUAGCAUUGAGAAAUUCAACAAUACCUCUGGAAGGGUUCUUGCAAUUGGUAUCGGACAAAUACGGUGUCUUUUGUAGAGAAUUAAACUCCAAUCAAACUAAAGGAAUACAUGUUAUAGCUUCUUCUAGAUUACUAAUGUCUCCUCAUGGCCACUGUCAUGGGCUCAAUUCUGCACUCUGGAUCCCAAUUGAUCUAUAUCUUGAGGACUGUAUAGAUGGAUCAGUUGCAGCGACAAGUGCAGUUGAAUUACUAAGUGGUUUGGUGAAGGCUCUUCAAGUAAUUAAUAGUUCCACAUGGCAUGAUGCCUUUUUAGGUCUUUGGAUGGCUUCCCUUCGUCUUGUACAACGGGAAAGGGAUCCUCCUGAGGGUCCUGUACCUCGCCUUGAAUCACGAUUGAGCAUGUUACUGUCGAUCACAACACUAUCAAUCGCUGAUAUUAUUGAGGAGGAAGAAGAAAAUUUAAUUAGUCAAGGAGAACAUACGAAUCAGUGGAAAGAGAAAGCAGUAGGCGGAAAGCGCCGUAGAGAUUUAGUCUCCUGUUUACAGGUGCUAGGUGAUUAUGGAAGCUUGCUUGUUCCACCUGUAGCCGUCGUCUCUGCUGCCAAUCAAGCUGCUGCAAAAGCUAUUAUGUUUGUUUCGGGGAUUAAAGGUGGAAGUGGAUACUUGGAGAGUGCUAACUUGAUUGAAAAGACAAUAAGUUGUGCUGGAAAUUUGCGGCACUUAAUAGUUGAGGCUUGUAUUUCACGAAAUUUAUUGGAUACAUCGGCAUACUUAUGGCCAGGCUACACUAAUGGACGCAUCAACCAGAUACCUCAUACCCUACCAGUCCAAGUUCCAGGCUGGUCCAUGUUGAUGAAGGGUGCUCCUUUAACAUCAGCAAUGGUAAACGCUUUGGUGGCAACUCCUGCUUCAAGCUUACCAGAACUUGAGAAGAUAUUCGAAAUUGCUUUGAGUGGAUCUGAUGAUGAAAAGAUAUCUGCUGCCACUGUUCUUUGUGGAGCCUCUCUUGUUCGUGGAUGGAAUAUCCAGGAACAUACAAUCCGCUUCGUUGUGAAUCUACUCUCACCUCCUAUUCCUGUUAAUCACACGGGAAGUAACAGCCAUUUGAUAAGUCAUGGUCCCGUGCUGAAUGUUGUUCUUACAGGAAUAUCAUCAGUUGACUGUGUCCAAGUCUUCUCUUACCAUGGCCUGGUUCCAGAACUUGCUGGUGCCCUGAUGGCAAUAUGUGAGGUAUUCGGGUCUUGUAUUCCCAGCAUUACAUGGAACCAUCCAGGUGGGGACGAAGUCUCUGCUCAUGCAGUCUUUUCAAAUGCAUUUAUUCUCCUUUUGAGAUUGUGGAAAUUUAACCACCCGCCUUUGGAGUAUAGCAUAAUGGGAGAUGGUGCUCCUGUUGGCUCUCAGCUGACUCCUGAAUACCUUCUGUUGCUGCGUAAUUCCCGGGUAUUAUCUUGUGAUGGGAUGAAGAAUAUUGAUAACGUUGGUCAUACUUCAUCAACUUCCAGCUCAUCUUCCACGCAUCCAAUCUUUGUUGAUUCUUUUCCAAAGUUGAAAACUUGGUACCGUCAGCAUCAGGCUUGUCUAGCAUCUACGCUCUCUGGUCUUGUCCAUGGAACUCCAGUUCAUCAAAAUGUAGAUAGCCUUUUGACUAUGAUGUUUAGGAAGGUGAAUAAAGGAAGCAAUCAAUCUGUGGGUCCUGGAACAUCCGGAAGUAGUAGUUUGAGCAGUUCAUCUGGGCUUGGAAGUGAGGACUGUGCUCUAAGGCCCAAUUUGCCUGCUUGGGAAAUCAUGGAGGCUGUUCCUUUUGUAGUUGAUGCUGCUCUUUCUGCAUGUUCCCAUGGAAGACUAUCUCCGCGUGAAUUGGCUACAGGCCUCAAAGAUUUGGCAGACUUCCUGCCUGCUUCUCUGGCAACUAUAGUUAGCUACUUCUCGGCUGAAGUUACUCGUGGGGUUUGGAAGCCUGCAUUCAUGAAUGGAAUUGACUGGCCAAGUCCUUCUGCAAAUUUAUCCACUGUGGAGGAACAAAUCAAGAAAAUUGUUGCUGAUACAGGUGUUGAUGUUCCAAGCCUUGUUGCAGGAGGAAGCUCCCCGGCAACUCUUCCAUUACCUUUAGCAGCAUUCGUCAGCCUCACCAUAACAUAUAAACUUGACAAAGCCUCUGAACGGUUUCUUAACCUUGCUGGUCCGGCUUUAGAGAGCCUCGCAGCAAGCUGCCCAUGGCCCAGCAUGCCAAUUGUUGCGGCCUUGUGGACUCAGAAGGUGAAGAGAUGGAGUGAUUUCUUAAUCUUCUCAGCAUCACGAACCGUAUUCCAUCACAGCAACGACACAGUAGUUCAGCUCCUGCGGAGUUGCUUCAGUGCUACACUCGGGCUCUCCGGCACCCCACUCUCUAGCAAUGGCGGUGUUGGCAAUCUCCUCGGCCAUGGCUUUGGUUCACAUUUUUGCGGUGGCCUAUCACCGGUUGCACCAGGCAUUCUCUAUCUCCGUGUCUAUCGCUGCAUCCACAACACGAUACUGCUAACAGAGGAGAUAAUCUCCCUCUUGAUGAAUUCAGUCAAGGAGAUAGCAGAAAGUGUUCUCCCGAAAGAAAGGGCGAAGAAGACUAAGAAUGGAAUGAAAUAUGGACAGGUUUCUCUUGCUGCUGCUAUGUCACAGGUGAAACUUGCAGCUGCACUUGGAGCGACAUUUGUGUGGUUAUCCGGAGGUUCUGGCAUAGUGCAGGCUCUGGUCCAUGAAAUAUUACCCUCAUGGUUUUUAUCAGUGCAUGAUUUGGACACAGAAGGGGGAAGAUGUAUGCGAGGUGGAGUUAUACAUAGCUUGCUUGGAAGAGGACUUGCCUACUUUGUUGUGUACUGUGGGAUGUUUGCUUGGGGCAUCGACUCGACUCACGCAUUAAAGAGGAGAUCGAGGAUCAUCGAAGCUCACAUGAAGUUCUUAGCCAGCGCAUUUGAUGGUAAGAUCUCGCUUGGUUGUGACUGGGCUCUGUGGAAAGCCUAUGCUUCGUGUUUAUUGGGGUUGAUGGUGGAGUGUGCACCGAGCUGGGUUGUGGAGGUCGACCUUAAGGUACUAAAGAGGCUGAGCAGAGGGCUCAUGCAGAGGAACGAGGACGAGCUUGCUCUUGCUUUGUUGUGCAAGGGUGGAGUUGAAGCGAUGGGCACGGCUGCUGAGGCAAUAAUUGCUGGUGAAAGAACUGAAUAAUACUGAUAAUCUGAUUUUGGUCUGUUGUGUGCAUUCUAUUGACGGGUUUACAGUGGUUUGAAGUGUGGGCAUGGGUAGAGGUCUUUAGUUUACUAACCUGCUGCGAUUCACGUCUGUUUCCGUAAGCUUAUUGUUUGCAUGUGAGUUUGUAUGGAUGUACAGUUGAAUGGUUUUUUAACAGCUGCCAGAUUGAUUGUUUUUGCAUAUUUGUAGUUCCGUGUUGGUGCC